AUGAGCAAAGCUCACCCUCCAGAGCUGAAAAGAUUUAUGGACAAGAAGUUAUCAUUGAAAUUAAAUGGUGGCAGACAUGUUCAAGGAAUAUUGCGGGGAUUUGAUCCCUUCAUGAAUCUUGUAAUAGAUGAAUGUGUGGAGAUGGCAACUAGUGGACAACAGAACAAUAUUGGAAUGGUGGUAAUACGAGGAAACAGUAUCAUCAUGUUAGAAGCCUUAGAACGAGUAUAAAUAACGGCUGUUCAGCAGAGAAAUCCGUGUCCUCCCUCCA